AUGAGCUGGACCUGCCCACGUUGCCAGCAACCUGUUUACUUUGGUGAGGCUGCUGAAAAAGUGAGCUCCCUGGGCAAGAAUUGGCACCGCUUCUGCCUGAAAUGUGAGCGCUGCCACACUGUUCUGUCUCCUGGUGGCCAUGCAGAGCACAACGGGAGACCAUACUGCCAUAAACCAUGCUAUGGGGCUCUCUUUGGACCCAGAGGGGUGAACAUUGGUGGUGUAGGCUCCUAUCUCUACAAUCCUCCCACUCCCUCCCCUGCCAACAUCACUUCCCUCACCCCCAGCAGCUUCAGCCCCCCCAGGCCAAGGACUGGCCUCCUCCAUGGCAAAAAAAGCCCACCCCACAUGAAGACAUUCACUGGGGAGACCUCACAGUGCCCCGGCUGUGGGGAGCCAGUCUAUUUUGCUGAGAAGGUGAUGUCUUUGGGCAGAAACUGGCACCGACCCUGUUUAAGGUGCCAGCGUUGCCGGAAGACCCUGACUGCUGGGAGUCAUGCUGACCAUGAUGGCGUCCCAUACUGCCACAUCCCCUGCUACGGCUACCUGUUUGGUCCCAAAGGUGGGCAGCCCCACCCCAGACAGUAGGCCUAAAGUAUGGCAUGUACAUGGUCCGUGGGGAUGUGUGGACAAUGUCCCCUAUGGUCAAACACACUCCAGACCCCUCCCAAUUCCCUAAAGCCCUGAACCCAACACCCCCCAUACCCAAGGCCGUUGGUGAUAGGGCUCUCUCCCUCAGGUGUGAACAUUGGCGAUGUGGGCUGCUACAUCUAUGACCCAGUGGAGAUAAAACCCAAAUGAGGCGCUCACAAGAGAGGUCACCCUAACUCAGGCUUCCCACAUCCCCUCCAUGGUCCAACGGGAGCUACAGAUUUCUCCAGUCCUGUGUGGUUGGGGGAAGGCGAGAUCCUGAGGGCCUGGGCCUAGGCUCCAUGGUAGGCCAGAUAAUCUAUACCUUCUCUGCAAAUUUUUCCCUUUUCCUUUCUUAUCUGGUUAGGGAACACAGGCCACCCCACUUUGAAUGGUGGUCUCCUGGCUUUCCUAUCCCUUUCCCCAAUAAAUUCUGGAACU